GGGACUUCCGGCGGCCCUCGCGAGCGUCUUCCGGCCCCGCGCGAGGGAGGUCCGGCCGGCCUCCGGGACAUGAAGCCCCCUGGAACCUGAGGCUGGACCCUGCUGUGACCUGCCCACCAUGAGGGCGCUCCUCAGUGCGCUCUGGCUUGCUCUGGCCUGCAGCUCUGUUCACACUACCCUGUCAAAGUCAGAUGCCAAAAAGGCUGCUUCCAAGACGCUGCUGGAGAAGACUCAGUUUUCAGAUAAGCCUGUCCAAGAUCGGGGCCUGGUGGUGACGGACCUCAGAGCCGAGGAUGUGGUUCUCGAGCAUCGCAGCUACUGCUCAGCGAAGGCCCGGGAGAGGCACUUUACUGGGGACGUCCUGGGCUACGUCACUCCAUGGAACAGCCACGGCUACGACAUCGCCAAGGUCUUCGGGGGCAAGUUUACGCAGAUCUCACCCGUGUGGUUGCAGCUGAAGAGGCGUGGCCGUGAGAUGUUCGAGGUCACAGGCCUCCAUGACGUGGACCAAGGGUGGAUGCGGGCAGUCCGGAAGCAGUCCAAGGGCCUCCGCAUAGUGCCUCGGCUCCUAUUUGAGGACUGGACUCAUGAGGACUUCCGGAACGUCUUGGACAGUGAGGACGAGAUAGAAGAACUCAGCAAGACCAUGGUUCAGAUUGCCAGGAGCCAGCAUUUUGACGGCUUUGUGGUGGAGGUCUGGAGCCAGCUGCUGAGCCAGAAACACGUGGGCCUCAUCCACAUGCUCACCCACGUGGCGGAGGCGCUGCACCAGGCCCGGCUGCUCGCCAUCCUGGUCAUCCCGCCGGCCGUCACCCCUGGGACAGACCAGCUGGGCAUGUUCACACACAAGGAGUUUGAGCAACUGGCCCCCGUGCUGGACGGCUUCAGCCUCAUGACCUACGACUACCCAACAGCACAGCAGCCUGGCCCCAAUGCGCCGCUGUCCUGGGUGCGAGCCUGCGUCCAGGUCCUGGACCCCAAGUCCAAGUGGCGGAGCAAGAUCCUCCUGGGGCUGAACUUCUACGGCAUGGACUACGCAGCCUCCAGGGACGCCCGCGAGCCUGUCAUUGGGGCCAGGUACAUCCAGACACUGAAGGACCACAGGCCCCGGAUGGUGUGGGACAGCCAGGCCGCCGAGCAUUUCUUCGAGUACAAGAAUCUUUGCAGGUGCGGCUGGCGCUGGCCAGGGAGCUGGGCGUCGGGGUGUCCAUCUGGGAGUUGGGCCAGGGCCUGGACUACUUCUACGACCUGCUCUAGGCCCAGCCCUGGAGCAGAUAUGUGCUUUCUGAGUGACGGAGUGACUGACAUGCAAAAUACAGACUUCUCUGUUUUCCAUACUGUGUCUGCUGGCCUCUCGGGCCGGGGCAGAGGGGUCCUGGAUCCUGGCCCCCUCGUCAGUGACGGGGGAGGGACAGUCCUGGCCGGGGGUGCCCCAAGAACACAGGACCUUCUUCCCCAGCCCUUGCUGGCUGCCUGCCAUCUGCUGGGUGGAGGCAGGACCCACAGUCCCCACCCCACAGGGCGGCCUGGCGGGGCCUUUCCCAUGGCACCCAGAGUCCAGGCUGCUCCACGUGGCCUGUGGUUCACUGUGAGUUUGGAAUCUCCCACACCUGGACUCCAAGACCCUGGCAGGGGCAGCUCCACCCAGCAUCACCCCAGGACCAUGUGAAGGGGCCCUGGCCUC